AUGGCAGCAGCGCCGCCGGCGAUCCCGGACGACCUCAUCGAAGAGAUCCUCCUCCGCCUCCCGCCCGACGACCCCGCAUUCCUCCUCCGCGCCUCCAUUCUCUGCAAGGACUGGGCCGGCAUCGUCUCUCGCCCGGCCUUCCGCCGCCGCCUCCACGAGCUCCACCCGACACCACCCCUCCUCGGCUUCCUCCGCGACGGGCUCUACGAGCGCAUCCCCCGCUUCAUCCCCACCACCGCCUCGUCCUUCUCUCCCGCCGCCCCGGACUGGCACUCCUGGCGGGCCAAGAACUGCCGCCAUGGUCGCGCCCUCUUCAUCUCCACGGGCAAGGGUACUCUGGAACUCCUUGUGUGGGAGCCAACCACGGGCGCCCAGCAGCGCGUGCCGGUGCCCGCGGCGUUCGGGAGCUGGAACAACUACCCGAUGGCGGCUGUGUUGUGCGCAGCGGAUGGGUGCGACCAUCGCGACUGCCUCGGUGGUCCUUUCCGCGUGGUCUUCUCCUUCUCAGACCUCCCCGAGGAUUUUGACCCACAGGAGGAGGAGGAGUGGGUUAGGUCGGCGACCGUUUACUCGUCGGAGACUGGCACCUGGGGAGAGCUGACCUCGGUGCACAGCGAGUUCAACAUUAGCUACCAACGAUGUGCUAGCGUGCUUGUUGGCAGCUCUUUGCUCUACUUCAGGGGCAGGACCGAACAUACGUCAAUCAUGGAGUAUGACUUGGCAAGUCACGCCCUGACCGUGUCUGAGCCACCAGAUGACUGCACCGAACACGGAUGUAACCUCAUGCUGACGGAGGAUGGUGGAUUGGUUGUGGACAAGAGAGGCGAGUGA